AGAAGACCUACUUUGUAUGUAAAGCCUGAUUCUAAAAAAAACGGAUUAAAAGGCUCUACAAGUACUUCUCAGCCGGCUGUAGUUACACAUUAUGAGUUUACAUAUUUUGAGUAGAAGGAAUUAUUUCCUAAAAUGGCGAGGGCUUUUUAUUUUUCCACUCACUCUAACUAGUAAACCAGAUUUUCCUAAAAUCAGACAUUCUCUAUCUCUAGGUAGGUACAUCACGUUAAUUUUACUGUAAUCAAACUUUUUUUAUUCUGUGCCAAGUUAACUCUUGACAACGAUCUCACCUCACACCUGAUGCUAAGUGACGUUGCAGUCCAACAUGGAAGCGGGCUUACUUUGAAGAGGUACUUAUACCUUUAACCUUUAAGGUUUCUAUGCGGCCUCGUACCGGAACGCUAAAUGGCUUGGCAGUACGUUUUUGCCGGUUGGGUGGUAACUAGCCACAGCCGAAACCUACCACCAAACCAGACCUUAGCCAAGGACAUUAAAUCCCAUACAGACCAAAGCUGGGAAUCGAACUCAGGACCUCUAGUAGUAUGUAUGACAAUUACCAACUGCGCCAAAGAGGUCGUCAAAAUUGUUUAUAUGUUUAUGCAAUAUAACCUAUUUGGUUAUGUACUUACUUGGUUUUCUAAAAAAAUAACUACUUAAAUUAAUUUUUGACCUAUCAAACUGUCAACAGAAAUAUAACAAUGAGGUUAGAGUAAUUUUUUUCAGAUUAUAUUUAUCAGUGCUUUUGGUUCAUAUUUCUAACAAUAAUUAUUAAAAUUAUCCGUGUAAUUGUUAUAUUAUUUAUAUAUAACUAUUAAACCAUGCCUAAAAAUAGAAGAAAAAGCAGGGAUCAGGCGGGUGAAACAGAAACGCUGAAAUCUGAAAAAUAUUCGAAGACCAGCCUCUCUGCAAAAUCUGACCAAAAUGUAAAAAUAAGAAGGGAGUCUGAACCCCCUAUAAAGAAGGUUGGUUCACGUGUUCGUCGUAAUAUGGAGAGAACGGAGAUGCUAGCCAGACCGACCGCUCGCCGUCUACGUAGUCUAUGGGACGAGAAGUGUUGUAUCCUUCCCAAGCACCGCAGGGACAAGAUCAAAAGCGCGUUGGAGGAAGAAUACUUCCUCAGUCCUGAACAAACGGAGCAAUACUUCCAAGCGUUGGGCGAGUCGUCGAAGCGCUGGGUCGGGCCGGGUGGCAUGAUCGGUCGCCGGGAGCAGGCUGAUCAGUCCCGAGAGCUGCGACAGCGACAGAAGUGGCUCGUCGAUUUUAGUGCACAAGUGGCGUAUCGGCUGUGCGACUACAUCGCCAAGGGUCAGAAGGAGAUGCUGGUCUCCAACAGGCUGAGGAGUAUCGCUGACGUGGUGUUGGAGAGAGUCGCUGAAAUACUAGGAGAGCCGAAACCCUCUCGUUCUCACUCCGGCCGCCUGGCCCGGUUCAUGGUGGCGAUAUCUGACCGCAUCGCUGUGUGGAUAGAGAACGCGGUGUAUCGCGCCGACGCCUUGGAGCCCGCCGAGUCCAACGUCGACGAACACAUGCGCCUGGACACGGAGAAACCGCUCAUAUGUUAAUUACAUCAGCAUAGUUUGCACUCAGAAGGCCUAAGAGCAGUUCUAGUGAGAUCUACCCACAUUAAUCCACCACCCAUCAAAAUGAAAUUCCUCGUGUUCUUCUUCCUGUGCUUCGUCGCCAUGGCGACCGCCGCCCCGCAGUUC